GGUCCCUGACCCGUACGCGCUGUUGGGCAGUUGCACCCGAUCCCCGUCCGACCCGUCGCUGGGAUAGGCAGAGAGGAGGGUAUAGAGGAGAGAGGGGGUGGGUCGUCGGGUGGUGGCCGCUCUGUUCUUCCCUCCCGCUCUGGUUCUCGCAGUCACAUGUCGUGUGACGCGGGGGGGAGUUCUGAUCCGGAUGGUGCAGCGCUGCGUUAACGCCCACGGCCAUGAUUGAUCACCAACGCGCAGAGGAAAUGCAAGUUAAUAACGAGGCAUCUCCAGGGUGUCUCAAGCCAAAUAUUUCUCAGUAUAACCCUCAAGAACAUAGAGGUGGCAUUGAAGGAUUUCCUGAGAAUAAUGAAAAAAAGAAUGAUAGUAUUGCAGAAGAUAAAGUAUGGGGGGCAUCUCCUCUCCCAAAUCAAGGAUUUGGCAGACCCUUCUACCGCCAGGAAUUUUAUGCCUGGCCGCAUGUUUAUUCUGAUUACCAAAUCCUGCGGCAGCCACAACCUUAUGGAUUUGACAAUCAGUUUUAUCAGAUAAAUAGGGAUACCUGUUUCCCCAUUGAGAGAAGAGUUCAGUUCCCCUUGAAGAUGCUCCCUCAAGGUUACCCUCAUGAUGCACAACUUCAGGAAUUUCAAUAUUUUGUGGUUAUUGACUUUGAAGCAACCUGUGACAAGGAGAAUAAUCCACAUCCACAAGAGAUCAUUGAGUUUCCAUCUGUCUUGGUUAACAGUGCAACGGGACAAUUAGAAGCUUCCUUUCAAACAUAUGUUCGACCAGCAUAUCAUCAAAAUUUGACUGACUUCUGCAAGGAGCUUACCGGUAUACAACAGAUUCAGGUGGACAGAGGUGUACCUCUAAGUGAAGCCUUGCUCAUGCAUGAUAAAUGGUUAGAGGACAAAGGAAUAAAGCACAAGAACUUCGCUGUUGUGACCUGGUCCAACUGGGAUUGCCGUGUGAUGCUGGAAUCAGAAUGCAGGUUCAAGAGAAUCAGGAAGCCCCCUUAUUUCAACAGGUGGAUCAACUUGAAGGUCCCUUUCCAAGAAGUCUAUGGGGGUGUUCGGUGCAACUUGAAGGAUGCAGUUCAGUUGGCUGGUCUGACGUGGGAGGGUCGUGCCCACUGUGGGCUUGACGACGCUCGCAAUACUGCUCGCCUCCUUGCGCUGUUGAUGCACAGGGGAUUCAAGUUCUCCAUCACCAACUCGCUUGUGUGGCAGCAACCUUCCCCGCUGGCAAUAACGUGCCAGCCAUCCCCAUCCCCUGACCGUUCUCCAGACCUCACCCUGUUGCAGCAGCACAAGGCAAAGGAGAUGUUGGGACCUCAUCUCCAUGCUCACCCAUAUGCCGGCAAGGCCGCUGGACAGGUUUGCUUCUGUGGAGCACCGAGCAGGCCGAACACUGUACGCAAACCGGGUCCGAUGCAGGGAAGGCAUUUCUAUGGAUGCGGCAACUGGACCGUCACGAGGCGGGCCAUAUGCACGUUCUUUGCAUGGGCGUCGUGAAUAUAACGACGCCCUGUCCUUCGCGGAAGUGGGCUGGUGCUUUAACUAGGGGAGGCUACUAGUGGCGGCCUUGCCGUGCCUCCCCCUUGGUAUAUAUAUGAUAUAUGACUUUGCUCAUAAGACAAUGGGAGUUGACUAGGUAGUAUCUAACCUGUCAUACUGACUUCUGUUGAUAGAAGAGAGUGGGGAUGAGAUGCUGCUUAGGAUGCUUUAUCCGCGAAUAAUCUUGAAGUUUGUGGACGCUUGUUUUUUCUUUUCUUUUAACUCAAAUGGAACUCUAGUAGAGGUGUGCUUUGUGAGUAGAUGUUGAAAGUGUGGAUUGUGUGUGUUUGGUGCCUCGGUAUUGAUAAUCAAGAACAAGUUACAUAUGGAACUUGAAUCGCAUCUGAAGAUGGAAAUAGCAGCCGGAAUGAUUAUUAUUUUUGCC